GUUGGCAUCAAUGAGGCUUGCAAUUGCAGUGUUUUAUAUUUUGUGUUUCAUCUCAACAGCAUUCGGUAAAUGCGGACCGAACGACAUUGUGGUCGGGACAGUGAGGAGCGGGAGGGUGAAUAGAGGGUUGCCGGAGUGGGACGUGCAAGUUGUCAACAACUGCAACUGCUCACAGUCGGACAUAAUAGUAACUUGCCGUGGUUUUCAGACAGUUAAGCCUGUUGAUCGGUCGAUUUUCCAGACGAAAGGCGACUACUGCUUAAUAAAUCGAGGGCGCCCUAUUCGUCCCCGAGCUGAUGUUAGAUUCACUUAUGCUUGGGAUCGACCCACCUUCUUCUUCCCUUACUCCACCAAAUCUCGUUGUUGA